AUGGCCAUCAAGAGUUCCACCGCCAAUGGCUCCAGUAUCAUCUCCAGCCCCAAAACCAAAAACGUCAGAGAGAAAAACACGUCCAUCGUGAAACCCCGCAACACCGUUGUUGACAAUCACAAUGAUCAGAAUGACAGUGACAACGAAGAUGAAGAUGACACUGCUUCCAUCGUCUCCACCAAUUCCGACAACAGCAUCAUUUCAAAUGCAUCCUCCAACCCGGGCCUCGUCACUCAGCUCAAAAUGGGACUGCUAGCUGAGCAAGUUCGUCGCACCCUGAACGAAGUCGUAGCUGCAGAGAAGAGCGUCGCAGCCAUCGCUGAAUACGACUUUUUCAAUAUCGCUGGGGAUCUUGAGAAAACCACCACGCAGAUCCUGGCGUCAUACAUGACCAUGUGUAAGUUGUAUGAGCAACAGCAGGAUGACAGCGAUACAGAUGAUGACAGUGGACCUGAAAUGAGUGCGACUAUUCGCUCCGUUAUUGCGCAGUACCCGACUCUGAGAGGACGCUGUGGGAUUUAA